AUGCAUCCCUUCAAGCUGCUUGUGCUAACGGGAAUCGUUCCUGUGCUGGCGGUCAAGGAUUAUUUGUUUCGAAAAUGCGACCAGAACCCGUUCUGCCAUCGCAAUCGUCACUACGCAGUCGAAGCGCAACGCCCGGACUUUGUGACUCCCUACACGUUAGCAAACUUGGAUACUGCCGACCCGGCGCACAUCACCGGCACUUUGGUCAAGUCUGUUGGCGAUCAGACGGUCGACCUCUCGCUGCUGAUCGAAAUUAAAACUGACAACACUGUGCACUUUGUCGUAGACGAACCCAAUCGCAAGUUGGAUAACCCGGCGUUGCAAGCCUCGAGGUACUCUCCGGCUGGCGACAUUUUGGAUCACAGCCAGGUGUCCAAGCUCAAACCGACGAAAAAUGUCAAAGUUUCAAAGAAAGAUGGUGCCGUGACCAUAUCCUUUGGCGAUGGAAAUGAGGUUGAAAUCACUUUGAGUCCUUUCAAGGCCAGACUUCUCCACAAAGGCACAGAGCAGGUUGCUUUAAACAACCGCCAGCUUCUUAACUUUGAGCAGUUGCGCAAGAAAGACAGCAACGAUGGCUGGAACUCGUGGGAGCUCCAGGACAAUGCGUGGUCGGACAGUUUUGACGGAAAAACCGACGAAAAAUCUCGGGGCCCGGAGGCUGUGGCUCUGGAUAUUGAUUUCUCGAAUUACAAACACGUUUUCGGAAUUCCUGAGCAUGCCGACAGCUUGUCGUUGAAAGAAACCAAUUCCGAAUCGGGCCACUCCGAGCCUUAUCGUCUGUUCAAUGUUGAUAUUUUUGAGUACGAAACCCAGAGCCCUAUGCCCAUGUACGGAUCUAUUCCGUUUAUGAUGGCCUCUAAGACUGAUAGUGCUACUGGUGUGUUCUGGCUGAAUGGUGCCGAUACCUAUGUCGACGUUUCCAAGUCUUCUCAAGGUGUUGGAAGUCACUGGAUUUCAGAGGCCGGUAAACUCGACUUUUACUUGUUUGUUGACGACAAGCCUGCUCAUGUACUCGAGGCUUAUGGUAAACUCACCGGUAUGGCAGCCCUUCCCCAAGCUUUUGCAAUUGGAUAUCACCAAUGUCGCUGGAACUACAACAGCCAGUCGGAUGUGCUCGAAGUGAAUGCCAACUUCGACGAGGCUUCGCUUCCUUAUGAUGUGAUCUGGCUUGAUGUUGAGUAUACUGAUGCCAAAAAGUACUUUACAUGGAACAAGGAUCAGUUCCCAGAGCCUGUGGAAAUGCUGGGAGAGCUUGAUGAAACCAAAAGAAAACUGGUCACUAUUAUUGAUCCCCAUAUCAAAGCUGAAAAGAGCUACUUUGUAUAUGAUGACUUGGUUAACAAAAAUUUUGCUGUCCAAGAUCGGGCAAACAAGCCGUACGAAGGACACUGCUGGCCGGGCAAUUCUGUUUGGGUUGAUUCUAUGAAUCCUGCCGCAUCAGAGUAUUGGGCAUCGCUUUAUGCGUUUGGAAACGAUUUGGGUGGAGACGCCUUGAAUCUUCAUAUUUGGAAUGACAUGAACGAGCCAUCUGUGUUUUCGGGUCCUGAGACAACCGCUCCUAAAUACUUGUUGCAUCACGGCGGCUGGGAGCAUCGCGAUCUCCACAAUGUAUACGGUCAAACUCUCACCAAUCGUACAUUCGAUGGUAUGCUGAGCCGAUACAAUGGUGAGCAGCGCCCUUUCAUUUUAACUCGCUCCUACUAUGCUGGCAGUCAACGUAUUGCCGCCAUGUGGACUGGUGACAACCAAGCUGAUUGGGCGUAUCUGAAAGAAGCGACACCAAUGAUCCUUACUUCUGGUAUUGCUGGUAUGCCCUUCUCUGGUGCAGAUGUUGGUGGAUUUUUCAACAAUCCUGAUUCUGAGCUGCUCACUCGUUGGUACCAAGCGGGAGCCUUUUAUCCGUUCUUCCGCGGUCAUGCCCAUAUCGAUUCGGCUCGUCGUGAACCGUAUCUUGCUGAAGAGCCGUACAAAUCCGCUAUUUCCAACGCUCUUCACCUCCGAUACCAGCUUUUGCCCCAGUUCUACAGCGCGUUCUACGAAGCAUCGCAAACCCUGGCUCCGGUCAUGCGUCCUUUGUUCUUUGAGUUCCCCGAGGAAGAGGCGGUUUAUGCGAUCGACGAUGAGUUUUUGAUUGGCGACUCGCUCUUGGCAAAGCCUGUUGUUGAUCGAGGCGCCAAAAGCAUCGAUGUUGUUUUGCCGGGUGGAGGAGUGUACUACGACUAUUUCACCGGUAAGGCGCACCGGGCGAACAAAAUCACGGUCCCCACCGAGCUUGAAUCUAUUCCCCUGUUUGUUCGUGGCGGAAAGAUCAUCACUCGUCGUGAUCGCCACCGCAGGUCUGCUGAAUUGAUGGCUAACGACCCCUACACACUGGUGGUUGCAGUUGACGACAGUGGCCGGGCAUCUGGCAAGCUAUACACUGACGAUGGUAUCUCCUACGGCUACGAAAAGGGUCAUUAUGCCCUGGCUGAGUUUGUUUACGAAUCUGGUCAACUUAAGAAUAAGGUUACGCAUGCCGACAAAGCGUUUAAUGAUCUUAACAUUGAACGCAUCAUUGUGUACGGAGCCCAGGCUUCCACGGCUCACGCGGGCAAAACGAAGUUCGAUCUCGAGCAGACCGACGCUGGCUUUAUUGUUCGCAAUCCCCGCUUCAAAAUCGCCGAGAACUGGACGCUUACUUUUAAAUAA